AUGUCAACUGAUUCUAGGUUCAUCGACAUUGCCAUAAACCUGACAGACCCCGUUUAUCGGGGACUCUAUCACGGAAAGAAGAAGCAUGAAGAUGAUAUGACGGAAAUGCUGCAGAGAUGCAAAGUUGCCGGUGUCAAAUCUAUGAUCAUUACAGGAGGAAGCCUGAGCGAAUCAAAAGAGGCACUGGAUUUAGCAAAGGAACUCGAUUACGACCGAACACACUUCGCCGACCCAGAAACGCAGAAGAAAUACUUCAGAGUUCAGUUAAGCCUUGCGAAAAAGCAUCACCUUCCCUUAUUCCUGCACUCUCGUGCUGCUCACAAGGAUUUUGUCCAAAUCCUCCGAGACGAAGGCUUCGGUGUCGAUGGUGGGAGAACUGUUGGGGCCAGGGGAGGAGUAGUACACAGCUUCACCGGCCUUCCCGAAGAAGUUUCCGAGCUCACUUCGAUGGGAUUUCACGUUGGGAUUAACGGAUGUUCUCUCAAAACGAAAGAGAACCUUGACGCCGCUAAAUCAGUUCCACUCAACCUCCUCAUGCUCGAAACUGAUGGUCCAUGGUGCACCAUGAACCCUACACAUGCGUCAAAGGCUCAUCUUGAUACCAUGCCAUCGGUUCUUCGCAACGCAUUCUUCCCUCCUUCUGUGAAAGCAGAAAGGUUCGUCAAGGGAAAGGUUGUAAAAGGGAGAAAUGAACCCAUAGCAAUCGGUGGUGUAGCUUGGGUCAUGCAUCGCCUUCUUCAAGUUCCCUACAAAACUCUGGUAGACACGACCUGGGACAACACCGUGAGGACCUUCGGGCUCUCAGAACUCGUGGAUGAGACCCCGACGAUACCUGGUGCAGAUUAA